AUGUUUUACUCACAAUGUCUCGUGUCGAGAAAUGGACCUUUAGGAGCGAUUUGGGUCGCUGCGUAUUUCUUCAAAAAGCUAAAGAAAGCUCAAGUCAAAGAUACUCAUAUUCCUUCUUCCGUUGAUCAGAUCUUGCAAAAGGAGUUGGACGCGUUGACAUACAGAGUUUUAGCGUAUCUUCUUCUGGGUGUUGUUAGAAUAUACUCCAAGAAGGUUGACUUUUUGUUUGAUGAUUGCAACAAAGUGUUGAUUGGUGUAAAGGAGUUUGUGGCUACGGAGAAGAACAGAGAAAAGACAACUGUGUCACUACCUGCAUCUACAUCUACUGAGUGUUUUUCCAUUGCUUUGCCUGAGAGAUUCGAACUAGAUGCUUUUGAUCUUGGGGUUCUAGAAGAUUUUCACGGGGGCAAUGUUAAGCCGCAGGAAGAUAUUACACUUAAAGAAGGAGGUUGGGAAACAGAGAGCAUGGACCAGUACUCGAUGGAAAGGUUCGACAUGGAGGAGGACCUGUUUAUGUCUCAUGAAACUUUCUUUGCCGUUCACAAGAAAACCAAACAUGAGAAUUCCGCUCAUGAUAUGGACGUAGAUGCAGAAAAUUUCAGAGAUACUACUAAAGAAACAUCAGUCAGAUUCGUUGAAGUGGAACCACUGAAUUCUAAUGAAUAUUCUAGAGAUCAUGAAAAUGCAUCUAGGCACAGGGAGGAUCCAGAAUAUGAUGGUAUGCUUGUGGAACUGCAAAUGUCUGAAGAUAUCAGAAGAGCUCAAGAAGAAGACACAGUUAGAGAAACCAUAUGCACCAUUGUGCAGAGACUCGUGGAUCAUCAUGGAUUUACAGGAGAUAACCAACACAAAGAUGGGCACAGGGAGCACUCAGAAUCAGAGAAAACCUCGGUGGAAACAAGUUUGGAAAAGAUGCGGCAUGACGGUUCCCGCCUAUCUGAAUGCGGUAGGCAUGAAGUGAAUGACGGGAUUGAGGAACAAGCUUCUGGUGCCACAAGAACUGAUGGGGAGCAGGAAAACUCGAAGAUGAGUACUCAAGAAGAAUCAGAACCAGCAUCUGCGACUGAUUCUAGAGAUUUGCUAGAAGGCGUGGAGAAAUGUCAAGGCCAUAGUGAAGUGGAAAUACCAGACAUCGAGAUGUUUCACGGGUCUCAGAAAGAGCAAUCUGAGACUUUUGAAAUGAAUCAAGGUGACGAAGCUCCUGGUGCCACAAGAAUUGAUGGUGAGCAGGAGAUCCCGAAGAUGAGUACUCUAGAAGAAUCAGAACCAGCAUCUGCGACUGAUUCUAGAGACUUGCUAGAAGGCGCUGAGAAAUGUCGAGGCCAUAGUGAAGUGGAAAUGCCAGACAUUGAGAAGUUUCACGGGUCUCAUAAAGAGCAGUCUGAGACUUCUGAAAUGCAUCAAGGUGGAUUUCAAAAUGCUUCUGAGAAAGGUUUUCUCUCUGACAUGUCUGUCUCAAAAGAGGGAAGUGGAGGGUUUAAUACAACAGAUACUCCAGUUGCGGUCACUCCAAAAGGACCUUCGCGGCUUAGAAUUUCUGAAGGGGAAACAAGCCCUCAGUUCUCGAUCAUUCCUACGCCGGCUGCCAAGGAAUCUUCUCGAGUUUCACGGAAAAGAAAAUGUCUGAUAGAUGAUGAUGUGAUAAUUCCGAACAAAGUUAUGAAGAAAAUGAUAGAGGACUCAAGUAAUUUGAUUUCAAAACGGAAAAACGUUCUUCAUACUGACCAUCCUGCGAAGAGAAUCAAACGUUUGGCCAAUCCCUCACAAAGUUUCUUGGACCCUUUGUUUCCUUAUGAAUCUAUGCACCUCCGGUCACUUUUUUGUCAAACCAUUAAGCUCAAGAGAAGGGACACCACAGGAACUCCUAGAGAUGCUCAAACUGCUGGGCGAACUAGAAAUUCUUCUCUUGGCACCGUCAGAAUUCCUGUGGAUGCUUUAUCUUCAGAUGAGACUGAGAAUGCUCAAGAAAUUAUGGUGACUCCUCAGGCUGCUUCUCUUGCUGGACUGAAAGUGACAGUGGGAAACAGUAGCGAGGUUUCCGCUGCAAUGGAAGCUAGUCACAUAACUUCUGGAAUUGCUCAUCAAACAGAAAUUGCCCCAGAGAUACCAGUGAAGCCUGCAGAUAUUGCUCCAGAGACACCAGUGAGGAGAUCAGAGCAAACAGAGAUUGCUCCAGAAACACCAGUAGUCUCUGAGCAAGUAGAGAUUGCUCCUGACACGCCGGUGAGGGAAUCAAUGUCGAUAAGGUUUUUCAAGGACCCUGAGAUCUGUGAGAAAGAAGCUAGACCUGCAAGUUCAUUCACUUCCUUUGGUGAGUACCAAUCAGAGUAUCGCGCGGAGGAUAGAGUUCUUGAUGCGAUUUUGAUGAACGAGGAGCAGGUGAAUGCACAUGAAACAGAGGACUUGCAACAAGAGACAUGGUCAGCAAGAACAAGGAAUGUGGCAAAAUUUUUGGAAGAUAGGUUUCUAGAGCAGAGGGAAAAAGAAGAAGAAGAAAAGUUGAGUUUGUUGAAGCUGUGCAGAGGAAGGACUCAGAAAGAAGGUGCAAGACUCUUCUACGAGACUUUGGUAUUGAAGACGAGAGGUUAUUUGGAAGUUAAGCAAGAUCAUCCGUAUAGUGAUAUUCUACUCACGCGAUACACCAGACAACAAGAAGCUUGUUGA